AUGGUUUCCUCAACUUCUGUAUUUCUGAUUUUGAGCGCGGUGCUAGGGGCAUCGGCGCAGAGUUAUUUCUCGUCGUGGUGGACCGACGGCGUGGCGAAAGCGAAAUACACGAAUGGCGCGGGCGGGAAAUACGAUGUUAGUUGGUCGGGCAAUAAGGGGAAUUUCGUGGGCGGGAAGGGGUGGAGCACGGGUGGUUCGAGAACGAUAAACUACACCUCCACCUUCACCCCAAACGGAAACGCCUACCUAACUAUCUACGGCUGGACCACGAACCCGCUCGUCGAAUACUACAUCGUCGAGUCCUACGGCACGCACGUUCCGUCGGACAACCCGGAAGCCGUCUUCAAAGGCAACUUGACGUCUGACGGCGGGGAGUAUGAGAUCUGGACGAAGAUCAGGAAGAAUAAGCCGAGUAUCCAGGGCACGGCGACGUUUCCGCAGUUCUGGAGUAUUAGAAAUGUGAAGAAGGCCGGCGGGACGGUGACGACGGGGAAUCAUUUUAAGGCGUGGAAGGAGGCCGGGUUGAAGUUGGGAAGUCAUAAUUAUAUGAUUGUGGCGGUGGAGGGGCAGGAUAGUAAUGGGACUGCUAGUGUGAAUGUUGGGGCGAAUCCGGGGUGA